UCACAUUAACUUUUACGACAUACAAAAGCCAUAUUUUUGAUCGUGUGGAACGUGGCAAGUCUAUUUCUGAUUGUGUGGAACGUGGCAAAAAGGCAGGCUGACAUCAACGAAGAAAUAUGAAUUUUUUGGUGGCAUUCCUCUUACUAAAUCUGCAUUGUGUUCUGGGGGCAGAUUUAACAGUUGACCGAAAAGUUUUCUUUGACAUUAAAAUUGGGACAAAAGAUGCAGGACGAAUUGUCAUUGGGCUCUUUGGAAAAACUGCACCAAAAACUGUGGAGAACUUCGCUCAACUUGCAGCUGGUACAAAAGGCUAUGGCUAUGAGGGAAGCAAAUUCCACAGAGUAAUUAAGGACUUCAUGAUUCAAGGUGGAGAUUUUACAACAGGAGAUGGAACUGGUGGAAAGAGCAUCUAUGGAGAAUAUUUCCCAGAUGAAAACUUUAAGAUUCCCCACUACGGAUCUGGCUGGCUCAGCAUGGCUAAUGCUGGACCAGAUACCAAUGGUUCCCAGUUCUUUAUCACAUGUAUCAAGACAUCUUGGUUAGACGGCCGCCAUACAGUAUUUGGCAAAGUUCUGGAGGGAAUGCAGGUUGUUCGUGCCAUUGAGGCAGUGUCCACAGAUGCUACUGAUCACCCCACCGAAGAUGUUAUGAUCGUGAAAAGUGGUGUUAUACCAGUAGAUAAAGCCUUCGAUGCCACCCCAGAUAAUGCUGUAGAAUAGAUCUUUUUUCUGUGCUCAGUCUUUUUUCUCCUCUUGUGCCAAUUUUGUCAGUAAUUAUGUAUAGGUGCCUUUUUUGGAUGCUUUAUGGUUCAAAUUUACAUGGUCAUAUAUUUGAGAUGGACAGUUCUAUUAUUUAGCAAACUUUUGAGUAUACAUUAUAUUUGAAUAUACAGAUAUUCUUGCCAAAUUGACAAUUUUCAGAUACAAGUUUGACUCCAGUUCACGGUAAUGUAACAUUCCUGUGUCUUAGAGAUUUUGUGUAGUCUGGGAAAGGUAUCAAGAUCUUGUUGCAUUAUUUUUUCUUAUAAUGGUUUACAGUUUUUACUUUUUGUAUAUUUUAAAGUGCCAAAAAUUGUUAUGCAUUUAAUAUCAAGAAGUUUUUGUAUGAAGUUUUCUAUUUAACAAUAUACUGAAUCUCUGACUAUAAUUUUGAAUAAAAAAUCAUUUUGA